AAGAGCAAGAUUGUGAUAUCAGAUGUCGACGGGACCAUCACAAAAAGUGAUCUUCUUGGUCAUAUAGCGCCAGCAUUUGGAAUUCAAUGGGCUCAAAAAGGGGUUGCUCAACUGUUGACCCGUAUUCAUCAGAACAGCUACAAGAUCCUCUAUCUGACUGCUCGACCGAUUGGACAGGCUGAUGCGACAAAGAGCUAUCUUCAGAGUGUUCACGAGAACGGCGUUCGGCUCCCGAUCGGACCAGUCAUCACCUCGCCUGAUGGGAUGAUCAAAGCUGUUCAUCGAGAGGUGAUCAUGCGGAAACCGGAAGAGUUCAAGAUCGAAUGUCUCAGCACACUGCGCAAACUUUUCCCCUUGGACUCGCUCCCUUUCUAUGCAGGGUUCGGCAAUCGUCCUACGGAUGUUGUAUCCUACCAGGCUGUCAAGAUCCCUGACAGGUAG